CCACAUUUUGUGGUUCAGUUGGUGAUCUUUCGCCGAGAGCGCAACACGCAGCACGCAACGAGAAACGAGUAACAAACAGUUAGCUGUGUUUUAUAAGUGUGUGUGCGUUUGCAUUACAUUGUAUUCUCGUUACGGCAAAUAUUGGAAUAACAAAUUACCUAUAAGAAAGGCAAAAUUAAAAAAAAAGAAACUUUAAAUAAGUGCAGGUUUCUGAAGCGAAUAAUUAAAAGCAAAUACACAUAAGUACCUAAAUAGUGUUUUAUGCAUUACUGAAAAUAUAAUUAUUCGAAUUCUUACGUACCCCGUCCACUAUCCACGUGAGCAACAAAUAGCAAACGCAAUCAAAAUACGUGAAUAAAUACACAUUUAUAUUUAUAAAAAACUCACGAUUCCUAAUAACUGCUUGAAUACGUAAAGCAAGAAGAAACGAAAAGAAAAGAGCGCCAAAAAAUGUCGAAAAACAACGGUAAAAAUGAAAAAUACGAAAAUCAAUUUCCACAACCGGCUAAGAAGCAAACCUUCUCGGAAAUGAUCUACGAUCCACGCGAUGGUAGUAUUUUUGGCCGCACUAGCAAAAGUUGGGGUCAACUUUUCCUGUUCUAUUUGAUCUUUUAUAUCAUCCUUGCCAUAUUGUUUACCAUAUGCAUGCAGGGCCUGCUGGCCUCUGUGGACAACCACCAGCCCAAAUGGCAGCUGGAGGAAUCUCUGAUUGGCACCAAUCCCGGCCUGGGCUUUCGACCACUGAGCGAACAGACCGAACGUGGCUCUGUGAUUGAGUACGAUAGAAAGAAGACAGCAGAGGGCGAAUAUUGGAUUAGCUUGGUAGAUGAUUUCCUAAAGGAUUAUAAUCAUACUGAGGGUCGUCAGAUGAAGCACUGCGAUUUCAAGCAGACCCACAAUCCGAACGAUGUUUGCGUCGUCAAUACGGAGAGCUUCGGACCCUGCUCAUCGGCGAAUGGCUAUGGCUAUAAAUCGGCCGAACCCUGCAUCUUUCUGAAGCUGAACAAGAUUUUUGGCUGGGUGCCACAGUGCUAUGAUACGGCCAUCAAUGGCAUGCCCUCUGAUCUUGUAAAUGUCAUCAAUAAUACGGCUACUGAGGAGCGUCAACAAAUCUGGGUCUCAUGCCACGGACACUUUGGCAAGGAUAAGGAGCAUUUCGAGAACAUCAGCUAUUACCCCAGCCAAGGCUUUCCCAUCUACUACUAUCCCUAUCUGAAUCAGCCCGGCUACUUGAGUCCCAUUGUUGCUGUGCAAUUCAAGGCUCCGCCAAAGGGCACAAUGUUGGAUGUGGAAUGUAGGGCAUGGGCUAAGAAUAUCAUCUACAGCGGUAGCUUACGCGAUCGCAUGGGCUCGGUUACCUUCCAGAUAUUGGUUGACUAAGCCAAGCAGGAGAUGAAGAACUUGUGUGAUUGCUGUAAAAAAAAACUUAGUGAAGAAAUUCGAGACCAACUAAAAGAACAACAUGAACAGAAAGUUAAUUUUUUUUAGCGCGUUCAAAUCUUAAAUGUAUUGUAUAUAUUUAUAUGAAGAG